AACUGCUGCAAAAGCUAGCCGCGCCAGUGCCAGCUGAGUUCUCUGCAAAACAAAACUGAGCGUACCAAUGUCCUACCGCAUGAGAUUUUGCACGGCCUGCAGGUUUCAUCAAAGCUGCUGCAAGCCCUUGGUUCGCGCGUGCGUAUAGGAUAUGAGAUUAUCGCUUCUAGGAUAUCUGAUAAGUGAGCGCAAGCGGCAUUGUCGCUAGCAGUGAUCAGUAUGUCUGCGCUUCUCAGUCACUUCGAAGACUUCUACUUCAGCAGUCAAUAUUGGGAAUACUGGGAAUUUCUAGUACAUUUUUCAUUCACGGCGGUCAUGGCUCACGUGUUCGAGCAUCACCUGGUGACAAUAUGCACAGUCGUCCUUUUGUCCGUUGCUGUCGCACUAGGAAUAAUUCUUUUUUAUAGAAAAAUAAAGAGCAAAGUGGACGUUGUACGAGCGCGAAUGCUCGGUACUUCGAGGCCCCGCUUCCGUAAGAGGGACAAGGUGCUGUUUUACGGGCGCAAAAUGUUGAGAAAGGUGAACUUCCUUACAAAUCAAGCCACGAGUGGGAGGACGCGGCAAAAAAACAGACAAAUGGUGCUACGCUUCGCAAAAAGGUUGCUGCGCCUAAAGAGGGACCAGCCACCAACACUGCAAGUUAAGGAACCAUCACAGGCGUUCCUUGAAGAAGACUACACAGAACAAAUGGAGAAGCGCUUACCCCCAGAUGUCAUUUAUAUGUUGCGUAGUAUACGGGUAUUUGGUUUCUUUGAGAAACCCUUGUUUAUGGAGCUAUGGAAGCACAUUGAAACACUGUUUGUGCCCCGUGGCACUAUGCUUUUCUCACUUGGCGACAGUGAUGACAGCAUCUAUGUGGUGCAGUCUGGCCGCAUCCACGUUCACAUCGUUGAGCCUGAUGGUACCGAGCUUACAUUCAAAGAGGUGACAGCUGGUGAGAAUAUUGCAAGUCUGCUGAGUGCACUUGUUGUGCUAACUGGUGUCCCAUCCACAUUUAAGACGGUUGCAGCUCGUGCCCUUGAAGACUCCUCGGUCUUGAGGCAAGUGUAUGACAGCUUCCGCAUCCUGCUUACGAAGUACCCAGACUCCAUGAUCCGCCUCUGUCAGAUAGUCAUGAUUCGUCUGCAUCGUGUCACCGUCACAGCUCUUCACAACUAUCUUGGCCUCACCACGCAACUAAUGCGCUCGUCAAGUGGAGGCAGACGGCCGCCUGCAUUCUCACCCAAAUCAAGUCCAUGUCGAACCCCCAGCCGUAAGCUGAGCCAUGCCAAGGAUUCUUCCAUACCCAUUGCACCACUUUCCACAGGUGUACUAGGGGAGCUGGUGGUGCCUGAGGAAUAUGGCCAAGGAAGCGCUCCUGAAACAGGGUCAUUCCACCCUUCAGAUGAGGCUACCGAGUCUGAAAAGUUUGUCACUGAAGAUCCUGCUGGUGCAGCUACAUUCAAAACGUCUUCAUCAAGCCGAAAGGUGUCUGUAGCGUCUGAUGCACCUGGAUCACGCAAGUCAACUCGAAAAGCAUCUUUUGUGAUCGGCGAGGGUUCCCGGACUUCCUCAUCAGUUCAGGAGUACAAUGAUUACAUUGAAGCAGCUGUCCAAGGUUUCAUGAGCAGGCUGGACAUUGAGGAUGAGGAAAUGAUUCGGAACAUGAUUGCAGUAAAGGAGUUUCAGCCAGGAGAGUACUUGAGCAAGGAGGAUUCAGGCGAGCCAGCUUCCCUCUUCUUUAUUCUUUCGGGAUAUGUGGCUGUCUCCCAGAAGACAUCUGCCAAGGACACUGAUGACAUGCUGUACAUUGCUCAUGUGGGCGACAUCACAGGCGCCCUGGAGGUGCUGACAGGCGAGUCGCCCAUCUUCUCCCGCAAAGCCAAGGUGGCGUCGCGUGUGGCCUUCCUGACAUCCACACAGUGCUAUGAGAUUCUGCGCAUGAACCCCACAGCAGUGUUGUUCAUGGCACGGUCUGUGAUUGAACGACUAUCGCCUUUCGUGCGCCAGAUUGACUUUGCCCUGGAGUGGGUCUACAUUGAGUCUGGCCGAGCUGUAUAUAGGCAAGACGAAAAGGCUGAGUCUACAGCCAUUGUGCUCAGUGGACGCCUCCGUUCUGUGCUGACCAGGGCUGACGGCAAACGGGAAAUGGUGGGGGAGUACGGCAGAGGGGACCUUGUUGGAGUAGUAGAGCUCCUAACUGGAGCCAAAAGGGCAACUACUGUCAUGGCAGUAAGGGAUACCGAGCUGGCUAAACUUCCAGAGGGGCUUUUGAAUGUUAUCAAGAUCAAGUACCCUGUGGUGGUAACCCGACUUAUUCACCUUCUUGGCCAUCGGCUUCUGGGUAGCCUGCAAAAAGGUGAUACUGUUAAAGCUGCUUCCAUGAUCUCCCGGCCAACGGGAUCCAACUUCACCACUAUUGCAGCAUUGGCUGUCAAUGAGGAUGUGCCACUUUCCACAUUCACCCUGGAACUCUGCCAUGCACUUCGCAGCAUAGGACCAGUGUUUCGGCUGACUUCUGAUUACAUCAAGAAGCAACUGGGGGCUUCUGCGCUUGACACAGCCAAUGAGUACCGCCUGUGCAACUGGUUGGGUCAGCAGGAGGACCGCAACAGAGUGCUUCUGUACCAGUGUGACAGCCAGAUGAGCUCAUGGACCCAACGUUGUAUCCGGCAGGCUGACUGCAUACUCAUUGUGGCCCUUGCAGAUCAGGAACCGCUUGUUGGGCAGCUGGAGAAGCAGGCAGAAAGCAUAGCACAACGGACCCAGAAGGAGCUUGUUCUGCUGCACAGGGAUGGUGCAGACAAGCCACGCAAUACAGUGGCCUGGCUAAACAUGCGCUCCUGGUGUUCCUCUCACCAUCACAUUCGAUGCCCUAAACGCAUGUUCAUGCGCCACUCACCUUCUCGAAUUAUGGAGGUGUACAAGAAAGUUCAAGAAGGAACUGUGAAUGUACACUCGGACUUUGCCCGCCUGGCACGUUUCCUCACUGGCACAUCAAUUGGCCUUGUGUUGGGAGGUGGGGGAGCCAGGGGCUGUGCACAUGUAGGCAUGAUUCGAGCCAUCUACGAGGCAGGCAUCCCCAUCGACAUGGUUGGUGGUGUGAGCAUCGGUGCAUUGGUUGGUGCCCUCUGGUGCCAAGAGGUAGAUGUCAUCACCCUCGUCCAAAAGGGCCGCCAUUGGUCAAAGAGAAUGACAUCGCCUUGGAGUCAGCUGUGGGACCUUACCUACCCUAUCACUGCCUGGUUCACUGGAGCGGCAUUCAACCAGACCAUCUAUGAUCUGUUUGGGGACCGCCAGAUCGAGGACCUGUGGCUGCCUUACUUCACCGUCACCACCGACAUUACCAGUAGCUGCAUGCGCAUCCAUCGGCAUGGAUCUCUGUGGCGCUUCAUUCGAGCGAGCAUGUCUCUGUCAGGCUACAUGCCUCCCAUGUGCGACCCUGUGGAUGGACACUUGCUUCUGGACGGGGGAUACGUCAACAAUCUUCCAGGUUCCUUGUGGCACUACGUUCGAGCCAGCAUGAGCAUCGUGGGGCCCCUGCCACCACUAUGCGAUCCCUACGACGGCCACCUCUUGGUCGACGGCUGCUAUGUGAACAAUGUUCCAGCGGACAUUAUGCGAGAGAUGGGCGCCGAGACUAUCAUAGCUGUUGAUGUGGGCAGCCAAGAUGACACUGACCUCACCAACUAUGGCGACUCUUUGAGUGGCUGGUGGCUCCUCUUCAAGCGCUGGAACCCCAUUUCAAACACAGUCAAGAUCCCAAGCCUACCAGAGAUUCAGUCACGCCUGGCAUAUGUGAGCUGUGUGCGGCAGCUAGAGGAGGUGAAAACCAGUGACUAUUGCACAUAUGUACGACCUCCCAUUGAUCGCUACAAGACACUCCAGUUUGGUUCCUUUGACGAAAUCAUGGAGGUUGGUUAUGUUCAUGGCCGUACCCUCUUCGCUGGCAUGAAGGCUGGUCAGCGCACGCUGCGCUCAGUCCUCAACCUGGACAAGGCACGCUCUUUCCAGGCUGGCAAGGAGGGGCGCCCUACAACCUUUACUGACCUGGCUGAGAUGGUCUGCGCCAUCAAGCAGCCCCAGAAGGGGAGGUCUUCAGUGUCUGAUGACGACGAAUAUGAAUGCAGUGAACAAGAUUUUGUGACGGACACAGAAAAGGAUGAAGAACCUGAAGAGCAAAGUCCAGGACUCUGUGAAGUUGCUUUAUGAGAAGGCCUAGUGACAAGCUCAUGUGAUGUGCUGGACAGGUGCUUUUUGACUGUGUAUGUGAACGACAGUAGUGUAAUGCUAAUUUAUCUCCUGACGUGCGUGCAUACGCCUACGUGGACACAUAUCAAGUCUUUCUAAAUUGUGCCACUGACAACAUUAAGAUGUGGUUUUUGGUCUGCGGUUUGCCAGGCUGACCACUGCACUGUGCACAGAGCCUAGUCAAAAAAGGCAAGUGGCCCGGUGUACACUGCUGUAAAUAGCUUGUAUUUAUGGGUGCCACUCCCUGCUCCUUUCUGUUCCCGUGCCUCGUAUUCUCCUUUUGUAAAUAAUAAGUAUAGCUUAUUCUUACCAGGGACAGCCUAGUUCUUGUGAUGUUUUAGCUGCCAAUGCAAUUUUGGUCAAUGGCCUAUAGGUGUCCUAGUUUCUAUUUUCAUAAGAAAUGUUUGCUGGCUGCCACUGUGGCUUACAGUCAAAUAAAGUGCUUGCUGGCUGUUCUUGCCAUGUGUUUAUAAAU